AUGCUCUCACUCCCCUUUCUCACCCCGCAAGACUCCCACGAACUCUGGUUCGGCGCUUCUCAGCCCUACCGCUCCUCCUCUCUACAACAACCCCACCACGACGCUCCAAGCCAUCACCCAAACCGUCGCAACAAUGUCUCAGCUCCAACCAACCACCGCGCUUUCCUCCCCUCACGCGCCCCAAAUAACUCCCUCGCCGCUCUACACGCGGAAGAACGCGCCCUGCGCUCGCGCAAGAAUAACAUCGCCUCCUUCGGCUACUCCUGGAUCCGGCCUGCCGGCUGCGCCAAAACCAUGUUGGGCAUGAAAGAAGAAGAGGCCGAGCGCGAAGAAGCACUCGCAGCGCUAGCUGCCGAACAGGAAGCUGCUGCCGCAGUUGAUCCCGAUGAUGUGGGGAUGACGAUGGGCGAAGAGGGCGAGGAAGAAGAGGGUAUGGAGCGCGACCUGGACGAUGAUAUCCCCGAGGCGGAGGAAGGUCUUGUCGAAGAGGGUGAAGAGGGACUCGAGGAGGAUGGAUUGGGCGAUGAGGAGGGUUACAUGGAGCGGGACCUGGACGAUGAUAUUCCCGAGGGAUACCCCGAUGAUGACUACGAGGAAGAGUCCGAUCUGUACGAGGAAGAAGUCGACGAGGACUUUGAUAACCAACCCGAUCUUGAUGCGGAUAUUCCCGAGGCUGCAGGCAGCGAGGAUCUCAGCCGUGAUUUGGAUGAUGAUAUUCCUGAUGCGGUUGAGGAUGGAUUUGAGCAGGAGGGUGAGUGGCAGCAUACUGAUACUGAGGAUGAGCUUGAUAACGAGGAUGAAGAUGAAGAACAGGGGAGUAUCACGCGUCCGCGCUUGGAGAACUUCCGCACGAGUACUCCGAACAGUCGUGGAUUACCGCCUCCCCCGUUUAUGCGUCGGGAUGUCCAGGGCGAGACGGAGGCUCAGCGGCGGUUUAUUAAUCGCUGGAGUGGUGGGGGUGAUGCAUUUGACUCGAGCAGUAUGAUGUUUGAGGAAGAUGAUCUACGUGCUUCGAUUACGAGUCAGAGUAGUCGACGCAGCGGCUUUGGUCGGCAUUAUCCUCGCCGUGUGGGUGGUCCUCGGGACAGCCUCAAUUGA